CGUGACGUCACGUCCCACGUCCAAUCAGGUGUGAAGAAUCAGGAAGACAACUUUCUUUUACUUUGCUUCGCCCAGAAGUUCUGGCACCGGGCGUUUCUCGGAACCAGGCGAGUCCAGUCGAGGGAAACUCGGUUUAUAACCUUUACAACCCGGGCGAAUGGCGCACAUCUGCACCGACGGCUGCUGCGCCCGCUUUGCGGAGGGGCGCCAGUCUGCGCUCAAUUUUGCGCUUCUGCUCGUCGCGUACAUCCUGUACCUGCUCGUCGGCGCCGGCGUCUUCUCCGCCAUCGAGCUGCCGUACGACCGUGAGCUCCGCCGGGAGCUGCAGUCGGCGCGGCGGGAGUUCCUCGGCAACAACACGUGCGUGUCCGACGCGCGUCUGGAGGAGCUUCUGAGCCGAGCGCUGGAGGCCAACAGCUACGGGGUGUCGGUGCUGGGCAACAGCACGCGCCGCAACUGGGACUUCGUGUCGGCCCUGUUCUUCACCAGCACCGUGCUGACCACAACAGGUUACGGCCACACGGCCCCGUUGUCCAACGAGGGCAAGGCCUUCUGCAUCGUCUACUCGCUCGCCGGCAUCCCCGUCACGCUGCUCUUCCUCUCCGCCGUGGUGCAGAGGAUCAUGGUCCUGGCCACGCACCGGCCCCUGUCCUACCUGCAGUACCGGUGCGCCGUGCCCCGAGCCACGCUCGCCGCCGCCCACGCCGCCUGCCUCGCCGCCCUCAUCGCGCUGUGCUUCCUCGUGGUCCCGGCGUGGAUCUUCGCCGGCCUGGAGAGGGACUGGAACUUCCUGGAGUCCUUGUACUUCUGCUUCAUUUCCCUGACGACCAUUGGACUCGGGGACUACGUCCCCGGCGAGGACCAGAGCGACGACGCCAACCCGCAUCCCCAGCUGUACAGAUUCACCAUCACAGCCUACCUGCUGCUGGGCCUGGUGUUCGUGCUGGUGGCGAUGGACACGUGCUGGGAGCUCCCGCAGCUGAAGCGCGUGCGCCGGAGGUUCUACUGCGACGACGUGCGGGAGCUGGACGCGGAGACCGCCCGCAUCGUCGGCCGCGACCACGCCAGCGAGCAGCUGACGGAGCCCUCGGACCGCGGGGCGGAUCAGCUGCCCGCCAUCGCGUCGGUGUCGGAACAGGCGGCGUCCCUCCGACGGGACGGCGCCGCGGCGACCGGAUCAGCCGCUAAGAAGAAGCACUGAUGGGGCUCAGCAUCACAUUCAACAACGCCCACGCAGCUGAAUGUUAAUAAUAACCGCUCUGUCUGUGACCCAGAGGAAAGGCCGGGCUCCCUGGGAGGGAAGCCCCAUCAGGUUCUGCUUCCUGCCGUGGUCCGUAUUGGCACAGUUUGCUCUGUUGGACUUCACACCCUCUUUAGUGCAUUAUAGAAUCUAUUGUGUUAUUUGCAUAGGACAUUUGCUUGCAUGAAGCUGUAAAGCGGCACCGGGACAAUCAGGCACGCUAUCAGACGGCCUGUUGUGCACUGUGUUGAAGGCAUCCAAGUAGAACGUUAGGAAAGGGCUGGCAAACACCUUUUUAAUUCUUUUACUGUAGCAAACAUUCUGCAAUAUUCACUAUCGCCACUAGAGGGCAGCACUUUCAUUAUAUAUGCAAAUGCUUAUUGUAGAGUUUCUUCCAAGGUUAUGACUGAGGGAGGUUUUUUAGGGGGGAAUAGUAUUUAUUAUAUUCAUGUUGUGAACUGUUACAGGUUUGAGGAACUGAAGAAACAGCACAAUAGUUUAAGUCUGCAACUCGCAGACUUGCUUUACUCACUUGAUGAACAGUUUAUAAAACAAGAGAAGACUUGUUUUCUAACAAUGA